GUAGUAUACGUGCGUGAGCUCCGGCUAAUGCAAGACACGCGUGUCAGCGCACUCGGGGACACGCGGCUGGGGAUUGAGGGCCACAGCUGGCUCCGGCAGCUCAUGAGCAACACGCGCGACGGCGACAACGUCGCGAUGGAUGGACUACCGCAUGCGCUCGAGGCAGCAAUUGUGAGCGAAUUGCAAUUCUUCUGCAAGCACAACAUCACGCCGAUAUUCGUGUUUAACGGGUUGUCGGUCGCGCGCAAGGACAUGCGGCCGUUUGCAAAGGAUGACCACAGGCCAGCGUUUCGCAACUCGGCGUGGGAGGCGUACAGUAAGAAGCACACCGAGCAGGCGCAGCGCGGGUGGUCGACAUCAUCGCCGCACGCGCAGUCAGACAUGAUCCCGUUCGUCAUGCAAGUCCUCCAGGCCAAUGGCGCCGAGUUCAUGCGCGCACCGUACUCGUCUUGGGGCCAGCUGGCCUACCUGUACAAGCAUGAGUCGCAGCCGAUUCACGCUGUGUACUCGUCGUUGGACAUGCUUAUGUUUGACGUUGAUCGCAUCAUCACUGCGUUCAACCACAGCAAGGCAACGUUUACGUGGAUCCAGCGCGAGCACCUUCUUAAUAAGUGCGGCGUCACGUCGGAGCAGGUCCUUGACAUGUGCAUUCUGGCGGGUUUUGACUGGUGCCAGACAUUCCCGGCCCUGGUCACCGACAUUGGCUUCUCGUUCAAGUCGGCUGUCGAUGCCACGCGCGCGUACCGCACUGGCUUCAAUGCCAUUCAGAUGAUUGGCGACCACACCAACGGCAGGUUGUCUAGCUACAACGACAGCUUCUUGCGCGCAUACUGCACUGUCAAGUACCACAUUGUCAUGUACCUCGACGGCACAGUCGGCCCUCUCAACGCUGAGUAUGCACCCAACGACCUGCACGAUAUCAUUGGCUACCGGCUGCCCACUGCUGCCUACCAGCUCUUGGCGCAGGGCAUUGUUAAUCCGCCGGUGCUCAACAUGCUCGUGUCCGGGUCGUGGCUCGAGUUUGCACCCGCCGACAACGGCGAGUCUGCAGAGUACCGCAAGCUAAUAACCGAGUGGGAGCGCAGCAUAUACCGGCAGCAGUGCGCAGCGCUCUGCGGCUGCAUGGGCCCGUUCUACAAGCAGCGCAAGAUUACCAUGCUCUCGUGGUUUGAUCCGCAGUCGGAGCUGGUGCUG